AUGACUGAAACUACAAUUAUUACGACACAAAUUCGUUCAGAUUCAGAUGAUUUCGAUAUUCGUCGAGAAUUUUGUGGCUUUCAAGAUAAACGUUUAAAUGAUUUACGACAAUUUACAUCUUGUAUUAUUGAUUUACAAACACAUGGUACAAAACAUCCAUUUGAAAAAGUUACUUGGGUAAUUUCACAUUAUGAUGAAACAGUUCGGACUUUUGUUGUUAAACGUAUUCAAGCAUGGGCUCAAACUACACAAAUAUCUGCUCAUAUUCAUGCAGAAGAUAUAGCAUUUCAUCAACAUAUAUCAUCAGAUUCAUCAUCUUGUUCAAUUGAUGGUAAAGUACAACAACUUGGAAAUUCAGUAAAAUCAUCUCCAUCACCACCAACAAAUUCUAUUCCAUUAGUGUUUAAUAAAAAUUCUAAAACACCAUUACAUAAUCAUCAUCAUCAUCAUCAUCAUCAUAGUAACGUACCAAAUGCUGCUCUUGUUCCACAAACUGAUAUUCAAUUACGACAUCAACCACGUCGUCGUCGAAAUUCAUCAUCAAGUAGUUCAGGAAUACGUCGACCAGGUUUUAUUUUAUUGAUUAUUUUCUUUUUUUUUGUUCAUAAAAUGUUAUUAAUGGUUGGUUUUGUUUUUUUUUUAUUCAGCAUUAUUUGGUAA